GGCUAACAAAUUACUUAUUGCUGUUAAACAGUGCGACGUGCCGUGGUCGGUCGCUGCAUAUUGAGGCUCGUUGACACCCCAGGCGCUCGCUGAAACAUAUGAGUUUGCAAAUCUUGAUUGUAAUUGCAUACACGGACGAGUAGAAUGCUGUAGAGGAUGUCCGGGAGACUCGGGGUCUCUAUGCUCCACAGUUCGCCGUAUGACGACUACAAGGGCACGAGCUAUACGCUGCGUCCACCGUCCGCUGGACGACGUCCACCCUCGGCGCGGGCGCUGCUUCCUGAAUUUCCUCAGAAGAGGGAUGACGGGGGCUACAGGCCAGGCGCGUUCGCUGCCACGCUAGGCUACACCUCAUCCUAUGGGUCCAAUGCCACCGCCGGCUUUCCCAGCAGCGGCUACGGCGCCGCCGGGUACGGCGCCGCCGGCUCCACAACCAUACCAGCCUCAGCAGCACGGUCCACUUCGGUGCCGCGCCCUAGCAGCCGCACCUCAGGCGCCGUACCUGCAGCUGGCAUGCACCUGUACACGCAGCCCGCAGCCGGCUACUCCACCACAUCGGUCAGCGCCGCCGCGGCAGCUGCAGCGGCACACAUGGGCAUGCGGACGCACGGGGUCGGGGCGGGCGCGGGAGGCGCGGGCGGCGUGCGUUCGGCGGUAAUGCCGGGCAGUAUCCUGGACUCGUUGAGAACGCCGUCAGUGGUGCCAUCAGCGGCGGCCGCGGCGGGGGGCUCGAUCGCGUCGCUGGCGCUGGCACAGCGUGUAAACAGCAGCAGCGGUCUGGACUACGGGUCCCUGAAGGCGGGCGGCGCGUCGUCGUCGGCUGUCAGGCUGAAGCGGCAACCAGCAGGCACUGGCGAUGGCGGCGCAGGGGCCACAGGGGCCACGGCGGCGCACGCCUCGCACUACCAACAGCAGUACACGCUGCACACGCAGCCACAGGCGCAGCCUCAGACGCAGCACCCAUACACCUACAUGCACACGCCGCCGGACGCGCUGCGUGCCAUCUACGUGUCGGGUCCGGCGGCGGGGUCCGGAGGGACCAGUGGCGCUGGAUCCCUGGCCCGGCGGCCCUCCAUGGACCGCUCUGGCAUCCCGCGUGCCGGCAGCUUCACUUCGGGCUCCGCGGCCGCGGCGGCGGCGGCAGCCGCCGCUUCAGCCGCGUCAGCGAACUCUAUGGGGCUGGGUGCGUCCGCGCCGCCGCUGCCGUCGGGGGCGGGAGGUGGCGGCGGCGGCACGGUGUAUGCGUCACAGUACGCGUCGCAGUACGGCAGUCAAGCCAGCACCGUGUUCAUUCCCUCAAGCGCACAGUACCAGCAGCACUACCACAUGUCCACAGCACCAGGCGCGUCCGGCGCCGGCGCCGCAGCAGCAACUUCUGCAGGCGUGUUCCAUACCUCUGGGACUGCCUCGGCGGCCCAGCACCACCACCAGUCGGCGGCGCCGCCGCUGCCGCUUCCUGCGUCGCCCGUGGGCGCCGCGACGGCUGCCGCUGUCGCCGCCUAUUCGUCUUACUCGCCGGCGGCGGCCACGUCGCACCAUCCGCACCAUGCAGCGGUUUCUGCCCGCGACCGGGAUCGGGACGGUGGCGGUGGCGGCGGAGGGUUACACGGCAGUGCGCCGUCGUCUGGAAUGCACUCGGGACCGCUGGUGUCAAGCACCUCGGGUGCGGCCGCGGCAGUGGGGCAAGGAGUGACCGCGGGGUCUAUGGCUGCGGAGCUGCUCUCGAGCGGUCGGGUGCUGCAGCGAAACGGCAGUUCCGUCAGCUCGCGUGGCUCGGCCGCCGGCACGGCGCAGCAGCAGCAGCAGCAACAGCAGCUUGCGUCCAGCGGGGGCGCGAGCGGCCGGCUGCGGGCGCUGGGGACGGUGAAUGCGGCCGCGACGGGUGGUAUGGCGGCCGGCGUUAGCUCUGAGGAGGUGGCGGCAAAUCGUUGGUCGGGGUCGGGGUCGGGGGCGGCGGGUGUGCCGGCCUCGGGCGUGCUCUCAGGGUCGCUCACCACCCCGCGCAUGAACAGCCCUCGCAUGACUGGGACGGCGGGCAUCAGCACGUUGCUGUCCUCACCCAAGGGCUCGACGCCGCUGUUGCCUUCCUCGGCACGUGCGCCGUCGCCGUCGGCGGCGCGGGCCAUGGCGUCCGGGGCGGGGCCGGCGCGGAAUGGGGCCUCCGGUGGGGAGCAGCCGCAUGCGCACUCCCGGCACGCACAUGCCAGCGGAGGCCACGGCACAGGCGCAGUGCUGGACGGCGACGGCAACAGCUACAGCAGCACCGCCAGCGGCGCCAGCAGCAACAGCAGCAGCGGCAGCGGGGGCCCCGGGGGCGGCAGCGGCAGCGGCAGUAGCAAGUCCUCCAGCAUGGCUGUAGCAGGCGGCACGGCGCACGCGUCCAGCGCCUCCACCAGCCGCACCACCAGCACCACCUCUCAACGCAGCCUGGCUGCGGAACCGGCGCACGUCCACGCACAUGCGCAUGCUGCCCCGCACCCUCACAGCGGCCACGCGCACAGCCGGCACGCGCCCGCCGCCCAUCAUGGCCGCUCCAUCCACGCCAGUGCCAGCGACGCAGGCACCACCCCGGCCUCGCCCUCCUCUGCGGCCACCACCCCUACCGCAGCCGCCACCAGCGCCAGUGCCAGCAUCUCCUCCUCCUCUUCAUCCUCACAUCAAAAACAGCAGCAGCAACAACAAGAGCAACCGCAGUCGUGUGCGCCGGUGUGCGGCCCGCUGCCGGACCUGCCCGUGAUCGUGCCGGGGCGCGACACGCCGCCGGGCCGCGGUUGCGUGGGCCUGUCCAACCUGGGCAACACCUGCUUCAUGAACUCCAUCCUGCAGUCGCUCAAUGCGGUGCCGGAGCUGGCGGCGGCGUUCUACCACCCGCCCGAGCGCAUCUGGUCCUCCAAGGCGGUGGUGGCGCCCGCCUACAGCGGCCUAGUGCGGGACAUGAUCUCCGGCUCGCUGGGCAGCGUGGUCAACCCCUCGGGCUUCUUGAGGAAGGUGUCGAAGCAGGACUCGCGCUGGGGCGACGGUCGGCAGCAGGACAGUCAGGAGUUCCUCAACAGCCUGCUGGAGGCGUUGCAGUCCGAGUGCAACCGCAUCACCUCCAAGCCCGUGUACAAGGAGCUCCAGGGCAAGGGCAGCGAGGAGGUGCAGGCGGCGGAGGCGUACGUCUACGCGCGCACCUGGAACGACUCCAUCGUGGACGACACCUUUGGCGGCCUCACGCAGUCCACCCUGCAGUGCCUGGCCUGCAAGCGCACCAGCCACACCUUUGAGCCCUUCCUGGGCCUGGCGGUGCCCAUCCCGCAGGCCGCCGGGGCAGACGGCUGUGUGUCAGUGGCGGACUGCCUGAGCGCCUUCACCGAGUGCGAACAGCUGGAGGGUGAGGACAGCUACAAGUGCGAGGCGUGCAAGCGCUGCCAGCCGCACGCCAAGCGCAUGCAGAUCUUCCGCCCGCCGCGCGUGCUCGUGCUCACGCUCAAGCGCUUCGCGCAGCGUGGUGGCGGGCACGGCACGCCGGGCGGCUACGGCGGGUUUUUUUCGCGCCUCCGAGGCGGCGGCACAAGCAAGAACAACACAGCGGUGGCGCUGGGGCCGGAGCCGCUGGACCUGACGCCGUUCUGCAACCCGCUGGGUUUGCGGGGGCUGUGCGUAGCAAAUGGCGGUGGCGGGCGCGGUGGCGGCAGCGGGCGCGGCGGCAGUCCUGUAGCGCCGCAAUACCAGUUGAUUGCGGUGAGCCACCACAGCGGCAGUUUGGAGGGGGGCCACUACACCGCACAGGCCCGCAGCUGCCUUGACGGGCAGUGGUACAACUUCAACGACAGCCAUGUGCGGCAGGAGGCCGGGCGGCCCGGCGGCGCCAGCAGCAGCGCAUACGUCCUGUUCUAUAGGAUGGCCACGUUACCGCCGCCCUCGCAGCAUAGUAGCUUGUAGGUUGCCCCUAUGCGUCGGUUUUAUUGUCUUUGGGGGGGGAUGUGCAACAGCGCCUGCGUAACGUGAGCUCGGUGGCGCAAGCCGGCGCCUGAGGACGAAUGUGGGAUACGUAUUUCAUCGGGGUGGAUGGGUACCACUCGCGCGCGUGCGCCUGCUUGCGUGCUUUGGAACUGGGGACGUGUGAUUGACCGCUUGGACUGUGACGCAUGUGCGCGCUUUUACUUACGUGCUUGGUUACGGUGCAUGUGUAGCUAACGUAGCAGAAUGGAACCCAACGUUCUUGUGUCUUGUCUGUCAGGGAACGUUCCGCCUAGUCCAGCGACGGUGCUGUAAUUCGAAUGGUUUAGGCAGAUUGCUGAUGGCCUUGGACUUGCACGCGUUCCGACAUAGUGUGGCAAUCUUGGCAACGGUGCCAGCUGGUCCAUAUGAUUACUGCUGUACGUAGUGCCCUGGGAGGCCCUGUCGGUGCGACGUCAACCCCACAGUGACUCAUGUAUGGUGUGUGUGGCCUUGUCAUGAGCAAACACGCCCGUUCUCGCCGUGCGGGCAUUGAUGCACGUCGAACACACUGUGCAGUGACAAAUCUAUAGACCGGCAUCAAAAGACUCCGGGCGGACUUUGAAUUCAUGUUGAACUGGAUGGUCUAUACCGUAUUUACUAUUGACGGUCAUCCUUACUGUAAUCUCAAGGGUAA